AUGCUCAGAGAAAGGUUGGCAUCGAGGAAUCUGGCAGAAAACGAUAUUGAUAGAUUUAUAGAUGAAGUUUUAGAGGACGUUAAUUAUUUCAUAUCGAAGAUGACCCCUGAGGAGGCAAGGAAUUUUAUUCAGAAAGCCCAGAUUAAGAAGAGGGUAGGAGAUCUUACUGGUAACUUGACUAUUAUGAAAAUGAGAACUCUUAAGAGAUAUGCAAAGCUCUUAACAAAAGAGAUAAUGACUUCUCAGGAGUUUAAUAAGGUGGUGUCACUCCUACCUUCUCCACAUCCUGCUUCAACUUAUUUCACUGUUUCAAGUUUUCUUCAAGAGAUAAAGGUGCUCAAGCCUGAAGUAGCAAGGCUAGAAGAUCAACUCAAAAAGAGCAAAGUGGUUGAGAAAAGAUCAAAAGAUGACGAAGAGAAGAGAGUAAGUGACUUGGUUGAAAAGAAUAACACCUUAUCACAUGAGAUAAAGGUGCUCAAGGAUGAAGUGGUAAGGUUGGAAUAUAAGCUCAAAAGGAGCAAAGUGACUCAGAAAAGUUCAAACGAUGAUGAAGAGAAGAGAGUUAGUUAUUUGGUUGAAGAGAAUAAUUCCUUGUCACAAGAGAUAAAGGCGCUCAAGGAUGAAGUAGCAAGGUUGGAAGAUGAUCUCAAAAGGAGUAAAGUGGCUCAGAAAAGUUCAAAUGAUGAUGAAGAAAUGAGAGUCAGUGAUUUGGUUGAAUAG